AUGUCUAAUCAAAAGGCCAGCUCUACAAACCGUCAAAGCUUUUCAAAGAAGGCGCCCAGCUCUAUCGCCGCUGAUCCGACUAUUGCUCCUAUCACGGUACACAGAGACCCUAGUAACACCACUCUGCGCACCGAGGACAGCGGUGGUGUUGGAUCCAGUCGGAAGAGUGUAAGCAGCAGGGUCGACUUACAAGCACAUCUAACAACAGCCGAAUCAUCGGCCAGCUUAUUUGAUGCAAAAGAUGGCAAACUCCCACCUAGGUCGAAGCGUGACGAUACCUCGAGUAUAGAUGAGAGCCUCAAGAGCCCGACAAGCCCCAGAAGCGCACAUCACCACCGCACACCCUCGCUGCAGACCUUACAAACACGCAGUCUUCGCAGCCCUUCCGUCACUUCGUCUUUAUUAUCGCCUGACAGUGUAAGGAGAAAGCCUGCCGUUAUUGAUCGCAUCAGUCGAUCCAAAUCUCCUGGUGAUCAGAAUUCAAGAGAAUCUUCCUUGGACAGAGGUACUGCAGAGCCCAGCCACGUCAGCACGUCUGCACAUGAUUCAGUAUGCCACGAUUCCUUCUCUCAUAAUCCAAAACCACAGAAGAUGGCCUCGGGAGAUUUCAGAAUACCUGGUACUGUAACCAGCAAUGAAGAGGCCUCGGAACAGGUCAACGCACAGCUUGACCGCAUGCGAAAACAGGUUUUGAGUAAGGAGUUCUGGAUGAAAGAUGACACUGUCAAGGAGUGUUUUCUUUGCCAGACGCCAUUCAGUGCUUUCAGACGAAAGCAUCAUUGCCGUACCUGUGGCUGCAUCUUUGAUUCAAAGUGCACCACCGUCAUAUCAGGAGAAAGGUUUGGCGUGCAAGGUUCGUUACGGGUCUGUAAGCGAUGUCUCGAGGUCAUCACCAGACGAUUCGACGGGAGUGGCUCAGAUGACUCUGGAGAUGAGCAAUCAUUUAUGCCCAGAUUCUUUGGCUCAAAUCACGCAAAGUCCCCCAGCAACGCUAGCCAAUCUAAACCAAGAGACAAUGAGUCUGGGGUCGCUUCUGAAGGGUCAGAGGACUCUAGGACUGUUUCAAGGCCUGUAACGACACCCAUGAUGGCUAUACCUGCAACGCGUCGUCUUGGGGAGUCUCGUACUGCAGCUAUUUUGGAGAUCGAUGCGCCGCAGUUAAGCAGACCUGGCUCUUCACGAUCUCUCAGGUCGCUCAGUGCGAGGCCACACUCAUCUGCGGGUCAUAAGAGACACCACUCCAAACAUAGCGGCUUCCUUAACCGAUUCAAGCCUGCGCCAGAGGAGAGGGCGCCUUUCAGACGUGUGGUCGACGAUGAGAAUGCUAAGAAGCCAAAGUUUCCAGCCUUCCACGACGAUAACAUCAUCGAUCCUGAGCUGGCUGAUUACAUGUCCGACGAGUCAAGCGAAGAUGAGCAGAUGAGCCUCUUCGCAACGAUGACGGGCGAUUUGCAGCCUGGGAGCCUCGGCGACGACAAGUCAGAGCUUGCACCUUACGUCAAUGCUAAUAGGAAAUAUCGCCAUAGGGCAGGUGAAAAAAGCAUUAGCGGUAUGAGCUUCGCAAGCAGAAGUGGAAUCGAUGACCUCCCUGGCAGUCUCGGGGCCUAUCGACGACCACCAAGGCGACGGAACACUAGCAAUGUUGGUGGUAGUAUACAUUACUUGCCAUCGCCGCGCCCAAAGUCUGGUGUAUACAAGGGGCCAUCGCAGUCGUCUGAAAUGCUCUUUUCAUUGGAUACGCCUCAUCACAGUGCAAGCCAAAUCACUAGAAGUGAUUCUUUACAGCACAGGAGGGCGCCCAAAGUCGAGCUCAACUCAUCGAGUUUGAGGCAUGUUGACAAACUCCUUCAUCAGUUGCUAGACGAUGCAGAAAUUCCAAAUCCCCCGGCAUGGCAGAAGGCCCUCGUCCCUAUCCUUUUGCGAGCGACAGAUGAUGUGGAUCCCGACGUUGCAAAAGGCGAAGAUAUGGACAUCCGGCAUUAUGUCAAGCUGAAACGAAUCCCGGGUGGUAAGCCUGGCGAUACAGCCUACAUCUCGGGCGUUGUCUUUACCAAGAAUUUGGCAUUGAAGAGUAUGCCACGCAGGAUCACCAAUCCUCGUGUCAUGCUUGUAACAUUCCCCAUUGAGUAUCAGCGACAUCAACAGCAUUUUAUGAGCUUGCAGCCCGUCAUCGAGCAAGAAAAAGAGUUUCUCCGUGUUGUGGUACAGAGAAUCACGAAUCUUCGUCCACAAGUCCUCCUCGCCGAGAAAAGCAUAUCCGGCGUGGCAUUGCAAUACCUGUCUGAUUCAAACAUCUCAGUGGCAUACAAUGUUAAGCACACAGUCAUUGAGGCAGUCUCGCGAUGUGCUGAAACAGACAUCAUCUCCUCUCUCGAUAUGCUGGCCCUGCCCGUCCAGAUUGGACGCUGCUCAAACUUCGAAGUCCGCACAUUUGUGAACAAUGACUAUCCUGGUCGCAAGAAGUCAUACAUCUUCCUUUCCGGUUGCACGCCCGAGCUUGGAUGCACAAUCGCGCUGAGAGGUGCUAACAGCACGGUGCUCUCAAACGUCAAGCAUAUCAUGGAGUUCAUGGUUUACGUUGUUUAUAACCUGAAGCUUGAGUCGAGCCUCCUGAGGGAUGAGUCUAUUGAGCUUCCGGAAGGCGGCGAGUCCAUGGCAAACUCCGUGCAGCUACCAGUGGAAAGUGCCAGGCCUCAGAGUGUCAGUAGUACUGACCACUCGAGAGAUGGUCCCGCUGUUGUGGUUAAUCACCCUGCUAGCGAAAGUGAACAGCCGUCCCAAACUACUGUGGACAGCUCCAGUAUUACCGAGGCUGACGAUGUUGGCUCCCUUGAGCAGUCAGGCCAACUGACUGAAGAACGUGUACGUUCGAAGUCUCUCCCUCUCCAGGAGCAGCCCGAACCUGCUGUCCAAGACCAGACAAGUCAAGUCCCAGAUGACGUCCCGAUGCCAACUUACUACAGCGACAUGGUGGCCAAAUACGAAACCAAAAUCCUGUCCGCUUCUCCAUACGUCAAGUUUACUCAGCCUUACCUUUUGAUGAAGGCACGCGAGCAGGAGAGGCGACUACUUUAUUUGCGCCGGCUUCGCGAUCACGAUAAUCUCACUGAAAAUCCUAAUCCUGAGAAAACAGAUCCUGAGAAGGCAGACCCUGAGAAAGCAGAUCCACCUCGGUUCCAACUCAUCAAGCCCGAGAUGGUCGAAGCGAUAGGCCACAAGGCACCGAAGCAGGUCACAGAAAUUUUACGGGCUGUUCAUGAUGCUGAGUACGACAAGGCCUUGUACAAUUACCAGACCCAAACACGUCAAUGGGAGACGUACAUCCAGGGCAACCUCGAUCUUUUUGAUCCAUACUCUCAUCAGAAUAUAGUCGUUCUCUAUUCCGUCAUCUGUACGGAGACCAAGAUCCCUUGUACCGAACCAUCUCUGGUGGCCAUAAAUUUCUACGAUGAACAGCACAUUGACACUGGCAUGGACCCCGAUUGUACCUUGGGCCAAUACAUCGAGGAUCUUGCAUACACCAUGAAUCAAGUUUGCACCUCUAAUGGUUGCGAGCGCAGGAUGCUGGAACACCACCGAACUUAUGUGCAUGACCAGUCUCGCAUCACAGUCUUUGUUGAGAACCUGCCAGCCAACUCUCCCAUGGCUGACCUUGACGGUAUUACGAUGUGGACUUAUUGCAAGAUCUGUAAGAAGGACACUGAAGAAAGAACCAUGUCGGAAGCUACUUUCAAAUACUCAUUUGGCAAAUACUUGGAGCUUCUCUUUUGGGGGCGCGGACUGAAGAUGAAAGACAUGCAUGACUGUCCUCACGACCAUCACCGCGAUCACGUUCGAUAUUUCAGUCUCCAGGGUGCUCGAAUUCGCAUCCAUUGGGACCCUAUCGAUCUAUUGGAGAUUGUGGUACCACGAGCAAGGAUCACAUGGAAAGUGACGAACGACCUGAAGCUCAAGAACGAGAUUUUUGCAAGAAUGGAGGAAAGAUGGGCCAAAUUCAUGACUUCGGUCAAGUCAAGGCUUAUGUGUAUUAGAAUUGACAGUGUCCUACCUGAAAAGGCAGAUCUGUGCAAGUGCGAGGUUGAUCGUUUGACAGCCAAGGCCAAGGAGGAUCAACCACUCAUUGUGAAGAGACUUCAAGACAUUUACGUCAAGUCGAAGUACUAUGAGGUGGUGCCUUUCAACAGUAUCGUCCGGGAGAUGCUUGAGAAAGCUGGUGAAUGGGACCAAGCGUUUACCAAAUUCGAAGCUGACUUCCUGAGCGACAAAGAUAUGCGCCAGUUGACAAUCAUGCAACUGAAGAAGAUGUUCACUGACAACGAGUCGAAGGAGUCGCUCACGUCAAAUGAGGGCACUCCAUCAACCGUCGACAGUGAAGAGCGACCUUCUCAGACAUUUACAGAAGAGGAAGGGAAGAGUACACAACCCACGGACUACACCGACAACAGUAUGGAGGCUAGUGUUACUUCAUCAAAGCCUAUCGAUGAAAAGGACGUUCCCGAUGAUGAUGAUGGCAAAGUAGAGAUUCCGGCAGAGGGUGCUAUCGAGCGAGUAGAAGCAUUGGAUCUAGCUUGUACGCCUUUAACAGCUUCUAACCCUCCUACCGAGUAUUUUCAGCCCGGCGAUGUCUUGGAAGAUCUUGACGACCAAGAAACUCCUCUUGCUAUCGACCCUGAACAAACACCAAAAGCACCUAGCAAACCAUUCGACGGGGCUUCUACCGACACUGCUGAGCCUAUCCCAUCGCCUAUGGACGCGUUGCCUUCUCCUGUGCCUUCCUUAGCGGAGAAGGUGGAUCAAGUGCGACGAGAGCAAGGUCCAUCUUCGAUACCUACGCCUACUGGAGAGCGUGCAUCAUCGCGCAAGACUGGACAGGCGGUCUCUCCUCCUAUGGUGAGGGCGACUUCCCACCCAACCCGUGCACUGGCUAGGACACAGUCUGGGAAGGGCCUUACUACCAAGGAGUCAAAGACGAAUACUUCUGAAUCCACAGGAUCUGACUCAACAACACCUGAAGGGUCGAUCAGAGUGGAUAAGAAGCUCUCUGAUCGCUUGGGGUUAAGAAACUUGAAAGACAGAGGUAAGGCGACUGCUUCAGGAAUCCCGCGAUUUGUCCAUAAGAAGAGAGAGACCAAGGUUUCAACGCUUGCAAAGCACUUUGAGCAGCUCAGCCGUGAAUUCGAGAAGGAGCGUAUCAGAGACCGCAAGAAGCGUGCUGCAAGCAUGCGUCAACCUCGAGCGAUGCUACCUAGAACCACCACAAAGGCCAUUGUUGAGGUUUACGAUGAUGUGAACGAAGCUUUCGAGGAGCCGAGCCCACCUGCAGACAGUGUCGCUGAACGCGAAGCUAGUAAGCGGGCUGGCAGCACUGCUUCACGAAUGUCUGAGUCGCGGCAAAGAACAGACCCUGUUUCUGAGCCACUAACGCCUGCGGAACCACCUGCGAGCAUAGAAGAACAGCAACAUGACAACCAGAGACAGCAGCACGAGGAUGACGAACAGCACCAAGACCUUCAAGAUAAAGAACAGGAAGAAAAGGACGAGAAGAUGGAAAAAGAGGACAACGAUGAUCAUACUAUCGCCAACACCAGUCAGACGUUUUCCGAUGAUGAAGAAAGGGCUGCCGAUCUCGAAAACUCGGCCACAGAGGAGUAUCUACAUGAUAUCAAGGAGAUCGCAGAUUCGGUAGACGCAAGCGAGAUUCCAUUGGAGCUACCUAAACAUCAGAAGACGAGCUUGAUGAAAUAUCUUACCAACUUCUGGGCUGAGCGAGGUGCGAGUGGUUGGCACCAACUCGAAUACCCCGUCAACCCUAGCGAUCACAUCUUUGUCGAUUCUGAUAUUAUUGUUCGGGAGGACGAGCCAAGCUCAGUAAUUGCGCUCGCCCUCAACAGCGAAGACUACAAGGGCAAGCUGCGCAACAUUCGAAUAGAAGCACAAGAGAACAUGCAACGCGAGAGUGACAGCGGUAUGGAGGGAGAGCCCAAAUCUCUCCCUUCUGAAAGUAUCGACUGGGUAUCUGAAACAGACCUGGAGAAGAGUCUGCUUCGUGUCACAGGAACUCAUCUGAAGUACCAGUUCCGGGAAGGCACCGCCACGAUGACUUGCAAGAUCUUCUACGCAGAGCAGUUUGAUGCUCUCAGGAGGAAGUGCGGUGUCGCAGAACGUAUCGUCGAGUCACUCUCACGAUGCCUCAAGUGGGAUUCCAAGGGCGGCAAGACAAAGUCGGUGUUCCUCAAGACAUUGGAUGAUCGACUCAUUUUGAAGUCCCUUUCUCCUAUCGAGACUUCGGCUUUCUUGCGAUUUGCUCCUGGCUACUUCAAUAUCAUGGCGGAAGCACUAUUUCACGAUUUGCCCUCUGUGAUCGCCAAGAUGCUGGGCUUCUUCCAAGUCUUUAUCAAGAACCCAGUUACAGGAACUGACAUCAAACUGGACCUUCUAAUCACUGAAAACCUCUUCUACGACCGCACCGCAACAAGAAUCUUUGAUCUCAAGGGCUCUAUGCGUAACCGCAAGAUUCAGUCUACUGGUGAGCAGAAUGAGGUCCUUCUCGACGAAAACAUGGUCGAGUACAUCUAUGAAUCGCCUCUGUUUGCAAGAGAACAUUCAAAGAAACUACUCCGUGCUUCGGUAUGGAACGAUACAUUGUUCUUGGCAAGGCAGAACGUGAUGGACUACUCACUCAUGAUUGCCGUUGACGAGGCCCGCAAGGAGCUUGUGGUUGGUAUCAUUGACUGCAUUCGUACAUACACAUGGGACAAGAAGCUCGAAAGUUGGAUCAAGGAUCGCGGAUUUGCUGGCGGAGGCCGCAAUCGACCUACUGUCACGAGUCCCAAGGAAUACAAGUCUCGUUUCAGAGAGGCUAUGGCAAGAUACAUCUUGCAGGCGCCCAACUGUUGGCAUUUGUUCAACAAUCCUCAGUACCCGCAUUACUAUGGGCGCGCUAGGUUCGAAGAGCCCGAAAUGCUUCGCUGA